AUGUUGGGCUUGGAUCUGUUAUGGAAUAAGUAUGAACUAUCAAGAUCAAUAGGUUAUCAUGAAGUGACUGUGGUUGGUAUGAAAAGGAGUAGCCCGAGAUCCAACCGUAGAUCUUUAAGAUCCAACCGUACAUCUUUAAGUUAUGGUUCCAGUCAACUCUUCAACUUCCCUCCAAUCUUCUUCCAAGAAUACCAUCGGUUUCCAUAUUACAAUUUAUUUCUUCAACGGAUCUAUAUAUAUAGAUUGUUUUACAUUCCUCACAUUGUCCAUCUACAUCUACUUUUUAUUCAAUCCAUAUCUGAGGUUUACAUAUCGCUCUACAAACAUAUUAUUGCUAUGUCUGAAGGUUCAUCAAGUCUACCAUGGUUCUUAAGGUUAAUGAAUGUAGCAGAUACAGUUAUUUUGUGCAUUCCAGAUGAUGCUGUUUGCAAACUAUGGGGUGUUUAUAAAGGUCCUACCAAUGUUAUGAUACACACUGAAGAUGGACGAGAGUUUAAUGUUUGUUUAAGCGGUGCUAAAGGAAAGUUAUUCCUCUUCCAUGGUUGGUCCAAUGUUGUAGAACAUUUGAGUCUAACGAAAGGUUGUUUGGUAGUAUUUAAUCCCAUUUCGUCUACUACUUUUAAAUUAACAUCUUACGUUGAUGGCGUUAGUCGUGGCUCUUUUUGGACGUAUUUGCUACCUCCAUCAUCGCAUUUUUAUGUCAUUCCUGAAAGCAUCCUGCCAAAAGUUUAUCAAUAUUCAUCAAAUGAUGUAAUAUCUACUGUAAUGUUGGGUAACAAAAUUUUUAAGGUUGCCAUUGAAACAUCUGACGGUAAAGUUGGAUUUACCGUUGGUUUUGACGUAAUGGUCAGUAUGUUACAUCUGAAGGUUGAUUGUAUUUUGUUAUUUACAAAAGGUUUUGGCAAUUUUUUCCUUUUAAAAGUUUUUGGAGAAAACGGACUUGAUAAAAGUGCUAAUACCAGCGAAUUGCACACUCUUUCUUAA